GAAAACAGCAAUUAGCUAGGGGGCUGAAUGCUGACCGUCAACGAUAGUGGCUUCUCUCGCUAGUCUCUCGCCCACGCAGCGCAGCCAUGGAGCUAGGGUUCCGACGGGUGGCGGCUACAGUAGAGCAAGCUGCAGGGUCCGUCGGUGGGCGGCGACCGCGGCACCCAGCAGAGUCGAACGUGCGGACGCUCCCAUUCCCAGGACGUAUCGGACUCGGAUCCUGCAUUGUGAAUUUAGGAAGCGAAAAUAUCUUGGGAGCCGCCGCCGCCGCCGCCGCUCUCGUGGUGGUUCAGGACUUCAAAAGGUACUAGGUGAAGGCACUUCAAGAUGGGCGAGGUACACGAAGCUGACAAGAACAUUGAGAUCUGGAGGGUGAAGAAGUUAAUCAAGGCACUUGAUGCUGCAAGGGGCAAUGGCACUAGCAUGAUUUCUCUGAUCAUGCCACCUCGUGAUCAGAUUGCACGCGUCACUAAGAUGCUGGGUGAUGAGUACGGAACUGCCUCAAACAUCAAGAGCAGAGUCAACAGACAGUCUGUGUUGGCUGCCAUAACCUCGGCUCAACAGAGGUUGAAGCUUUACAGUCGAGUUCCCCCCAAUGGUUUGGUGCUCUAUACUGGUACCAUUGUCACCGAUGAUGGCAAGGAGAAGAAGGUUACCUUUGACUUCGAGCCAUUUAGGCCCAUUAAUGCUUCCCUGUAUCUCUGUGACAACAAGUUCCACACUGAGUCCCUGAACGAGCUUCUGACGUCUGAUGACAAGUUUGGUUUCAUAAUCAUCGAUGGCAAUGGUACACUGUAUGGUACACUGAGCGGAAACAGCAGGGAGGUUCUGUACAAGUUCAGUGUUGAUCUUCCAAAGAAGCAUGGGCGAGGAGGGCAAUCAGCAGUCCGCUUUGCCCGCCUGCGCAUGGAGAGGCGACACAAUUACCUGCGCAAGGUUGCUGAGCUUGCGACACAAUACUUCAUCAAUCCUGGCACCAACCAGCCGAACAUCGUUGGGCUUAUUCUUGCCGGUUCUGCUGACUUCAAGAGCGAGCUGGGUAAAUCUGAGAUGUUCGAUCCACGCCUUCAGGCCAAAGUAGUGAAGAUGAUUGACGUGUCUUAUGGUGGGGACAGCGGCUUCAACCAAGCCAUCGAGAUGUCUGCCGAGGUUCUUUCUGAUGUUAAGUUUGUCCAAGAAAAGAAGCUGAUCGGGAAGUACUUCGAGGAGAUAAGCCAAGACACAGGGAAGUACGUCCUUGGCAUCCAGGACACCAUCACAGCCCUGGAAAUGGGCGCGGUAGAGAUCCUGAUCGUGUGGGAAAACCUUGAUGUCAGGCGUUAUGAGCUCAAGAACAGUGCCACAGGAGAGACAGUCGUGAAGUACCUGAACCCAGCUCAGGAGGCUGACCAGAGCAACUUCACUGACGAGGCGACAUCCGGAGAUCUGGAGGUCAUUGACAACACGCAGCUGCUGGAGUGGUUCGCGGAGAACUACCACCAGUUCGGCUGCACGCUGGAGUUCGUCACCAACAAGUCACAGGAAGGUUCUCAGUUCUGCCGGGGAUUCGGCGGGAUUGGUGGGAUCCUUCGCUACCCAGCCGACGUCAGUGCCUACCAGGACGGUGACUUGUCUGAUGGGGAGUAUGAUGAAGACUUGGAAUAGCAAUCAACCAGAACUCAAAUGAAUCCGGUCCGGGAGGAGCCUGCGCUGGCCCGGGCCGUGCCGGGGGGGGGAACCCUGAAACUUCCAAACGAUCGGUGCAAGGAGACCAUGGUGGAGGAUCUGUAGGGAAGGAGGCUUGAGCAACUUAUAUAGGAUAUAUAUAUGGAAGCUUGUCAAGCUGGUGAGUGGUGACUUUGGAGACGGUGUUUUGCUCUGUUGAUCCGAGCUUGCAGUCUGGUGCUACUAGGAAUCAGCCGUGGACGCUGCCUUCUGUUGGUCAGGAGAGCCUAUAAUCGAUCAACUAGCAUCCUAUUAGUAUUGGGUUGGUGCCAGUAGUAUGGUGAAUAAAAUACCUGGAGGACUCCCGAGGUUGCACGUUCGCUUUAUGACGUGCGUGAUAUCUAUGAUUGUGAAAAUGUCUGUGACCUGUCAUUUCUUAUAAUCCAUUCUCUCGUUGUUGUGGAUUGAGGCAAUA